GAAGGUGCAAUCAAAAGUCACAAUUGCAUCUUGAUUUACAAAUCUGGGACAGAGGGAGAUGAACACAACACUCCAGACAGUCACUUCAUCGGACUGACCACCACGAUGUUAAAAGUGAAGAGGCUGGAGGAAAUUACCACGUGUUACAACAGCAACCGUCUGGAGAAAGUGGCCUUUUUUCAGUGCAUGGAGAAGGUUGAGAAGAUGAAGUGUUUUCUAGAAGAAAGUUCUAGUGAACAGGAUUCAAGAUCUGGAACUAAUGAGGCUAAGGAGAAGGUGUGGUCAUAUCCCAACCUGAAAGAAAUGGCACCUGUCAAAGGCAAGAGGACAUUGGCCCCCACAGAUGACGGCCCGGCUCCUCCCGCACCCUUUCAUCACCGGAUUGUAACAGCCAAACAGACGGCAGUCAACAGUCUCUAUACUGUGAGCAGAACAGAAAUUUUAGGAGGGGGGCGCUUUGGCCAGGUUCACAAGUGUGAAGAGAAAGCAACAGGUCUGAAGCUGGCCGCCAAGAUCAUCAAGACCAGAGGCCUGAAGGAUAAGGUAAAGGCUGUGCCAUGUGGGUGUUUCCUUACUGUUACCCUCACUUCACUGAGUGCCUGUCCCUCUUCUCAGGAUGAAGUGAAGAAUGAGAUCACCGUCAUGAACCAGCUGGAUCACGUGAACCUCAUUCAGCUCUACGAUGCCUUCGAGUCUAAGAAUGACAUCGUCCUGGUCAUGGAGUAUGUGGACGGAGGCGAGCUAUUUGAUCGGAUCAUUGACAACAACUACAAUCUGACUGAGUUGGACACCAUCCUGUUCAUCAAGCAGAUAUGUGAGGGAAUACGACACAUGCAUCAGAUGUACAUUCUCCAUCUGGACCUGAAGCCUGAGAAUAUCCUGUGUGUGAAUCGGGAUACUAAACAAAUAAAAAUUAUUGAUUUUGGAUUGGCCAGAAGAUACAAACCCAGAGAGAAGCUGAAGGUGAACUUUGGAACCCCAGAGUUUCUUGCCCCUGAAGUCGUGAACUAUGAUUUUGUUUCCUUUCCCACUGACAUGUGGAGCGUGGGGGUCAUCGCCUAUAUGCUACUUAGUGGUUUGUCCCCCUUCCUGGGUGAUAAUGAUGCUGAGACCCUGAACAACAUCCUGGCCUGCAGGUGGGACUUAGAGGAGGAAGAAUUUCAAAACAUCUCAGAAGAGGCCAAGGAGUUCAUCUCCAAGCUUCUCAUUAAGGAGAAAAGCUGGCGAAUAAGUGCAAGUGAGGCUCUCAAGCAUCCUUGGUUGUCAGACCACAAGCUCCACUUGAGACUCAAAACACAGGAGAAGAAUUGCUGCUCUGACGCUCAGGACCUUGUGACCCAAUAG